CUCUGUUCAGCAGCACAUAUUCAACGAAAGAAGAGAAGAAAAGAUUUCCGAAAAGUAUGUUUUUAACAUUCCUCCGCAUAGUAAUUUAUGGCAAUAAAAACGCGAGUGUGAUGUGAAAAAUAUCAUAAUUUGUUAGAAAACUAACUGGAAAAAUGAAAAUUUAUUUUAGUGAUACUUAGCAACACAGUGAGAAAUAAUCAUUUUAUAACAGUUGAUCGUUCAAGACAUGUAGUGAAAAAAUAUAGGAAAUGCCUGAAACGACUGGGUGCGUUUGAUAAGAAAGAGAAAGAAAGAGUGUAGUCGAUUCGAGAAGUAUGCUUAAUAUGCUACAACGGUUACGACAACAAAGAACGGCAUGCGUGUGUGAUUAAGCUAAGCUGUUCGCGAUUCAAAUGCUAUCUUACGCGAAACCUUUAACUUGUUUCUGAGGAAAACCACCACAUUGGAGAAUCUGCUUUUUUUUUUCUUAAAUAUAGUUAGUGAUUACAGUGAUCCUUUGGUGAAUUUUAUUACUACGUGAGCAGUACUACCAAUCUACGGGCGGCGGAAUAAUGCCGCGUAACGGUGAAACAUCCGGUUUGGAUAAGAGCUUCAACAGUAAACCGACACCGGACUGGCUACAUCCGGACCAUGUCAUCAUGAACGAAGGUGUCACGUUCGAUGUUCGGUACAUAGGUUGUCUGGAAAUCCGGGCAUCGAUGAAAACACUGGAUUUUGCCACCAGGUCGCAAGUAGCAAAAGAAUGCAUCAACCGGGUAUGUGAGGCGGCAAGCUUAAAAUCCUCUAAAAAGCGUCGGGUAGACAAACGGGUACUGCAGUGUAUAUCGGACACACCCCAGAUGGAGCAUGCGGGAACGAAUGUGACACUGACGGUAUCGAGCAAGUAUCUCUCUUUAGUAAGCGUAGAUACAGGAGACUGGAUUGCUCAGCACGACAUGCCGCGAAUAUCGUUUGCCUCCGGUGGUGAUACUGAUACACUAGACUUUGUAGCGUACGUGGCAAAAGAUAUGGAAGAAUGGCGGGCAUGUUACGUGCUAGAAUGUGGUGGUGGUGUAGCACAAGAUCUGAUAGCAACUAUUGGCCAAGCCUUUGAGUUGCGCUAUAAGGAAUUCUUCAACAAACCGGAAACGCAAAACAAAUUUCGAGAGUUUGUGAAGACAGACAAAGAGUAUUAUAACGACCUGCCGGACAAGAUGCCGCCAGAUUUGCUCACGGAAAACGAUCAUUCCUCGCAGUCACAUAGUUCCUCUAGUGUGAGAACCCGUGAAAGGAUAUCCAGUAAUCUAAUAGAUUUGAACACACCGCUUCCCAAUCACGACUACGUGAACGACAAACAUUCUAAUACCAACUCGCACAGCAAUAAGUCGAUAUCUUCCAGUUCCAUUGUAAAGGAUGUUUUUGAUAUGCAACCAUUCGCAAUCUCGUCGGAGAUUCAAAAAUCUCAACUGCUCACCGAAUCUUGGUAUCACGGCAACAUCAGCAGGGCCCAGAGUGAGCACCUUCUGAAAAGCGAUGGUGAUUUUCUGGUACGGGAAUCAGCCGGAACACCGGGCCAAUACGUGCUUACCGGAAUGCAAAACAAUUCUCCCAAACACCUAUUGCUAAUCGAUCCAGAAGGGAUUGUACGAACCAAAGAUCGAAUCUUCGAAAGUAUUAGUCAUCUGAUCAACUAUCAUUGGACGAACGCAUUGCCGAUCAUUUCGGCGGAAAGUGCCCUCCUGCUUCGGCACCCAAUUCUGCGAACAACCGAUCUUCUUUCGAAAGCUAAGCAGCAGCAGUCUCAACAGCAGUCGCAGUUGGGGCUCAACUGAGGGUGCGAGUGCCAGUGCUGCUCGCACGGCGGCCAAUCUCCAGAACGUAGAGUGCAACUGCAACAACUUGGCUGUAGUAGCAGUAGUGGCAGUUAUAAACAAGGAAAAAAAUAAAUCGUUUUGUAUUUCGUUAAAAGAAAAACAAACAGAAAACACAAAAUGAAGAACUGUAAACUAUACAUACUAUACAAGACCUUAUAGUUUUCUUUAACUUUUACUCAACUACCGUUGAAUCAGGAAUGCGAUGGAUGGUAUGGUAUGCACAGAUUAGCAAGAAGCAAAAACUUACACAGGAAAAGAAGUAAACAUUUACAGUAUAUUCUACAUUGUUCUAUGCACGAAGCAUGUUGUAAAAUAAACGAAUAACAUUUCGAAAUGAUACCAAGAGAUUAACAAGAUUAUAUAAUGAUUACCGAAUAUAUUCUACCGCAUGCAGGUGUACGAAAUCAGAAACUUAAAAUUAUUAGAGAUUAGCAGAUUUCUUCUAAGACAAGGACAUACAAUUACUCUAACACUGAAGGUAAAGCUAAAACUAAACAAAACAGAAAUACAAAUUAUAUAUUGUUAUCGAUUACAGUGCCGUUUGUUAAGAAACAGAAACUAAAAUUACAAAUCAGUAGAGAUAUUUAUUUUUGAUCGUCAUAUUUUAUUGUUCUCCUUCACAUACGGCGAGGGUGCAGAACAAAACCACAAUCUUUAAAAAGUAAAAUAUUUCAAUAUUUCAUUCUAACAGACAUGUAUAGAUUCCAAUCAACAAGCAAACAAACCAAUGUAACGAAAAAUGUUAUAUAAAACUGUACCCGUUUUCCGUGACUCUUCGAGAGUGAAGAAAGGUUAAAUUCAGCUGGCUGGAUGGUGGAAGGAUAUAAAAACAAACUCGAUCCGCAGGUGCAGUUAUUGGUAAUGGUGUUUCGUUUGCUAUCUCUCGAACAAAGGUUGAAAAUGGCAAUGCUGGUGAUAAAGGGAAACAAAACUUCUACAGUUUUUAAACACACAAAAUAAAAUAACACUACAAUUAUUACAAUAUUGUUUAACAAACACGUACACACAAAAAGGCUAACAUUACCAGUGAUGGAACAUGGUCAUUACUAUGAAAUGAGACGCAACAUUUAUCAAGUUACUAUUAUAUGAGACAGGAGAGCAAAUCAGUUGCUUGAAAUAAAUAUUUAAAGUAAUAA